AUGCCCGUGCAACUCCCCCGCAUCCAACCCGCACGUCUCCACCCCCCGAAAACACCCCUCCGCCCGCUCCCGCCCGAGCACGUUGGGCCCCCGGACCGCGUCCCCGAGGAUCCCCCUCCAGACGUCGCCCGUGCUCACGAUGCCGAACCGCUGCGGCGCGCGCAGCAGCUGCACGGAGGCGUGGACGCUGGCGUCGAAGAUGCCGACGACGGGCGCGGCGGUGCGUUGUUGCAGGAGGGGCACGAGCGGGUGCGGGCUGUAGCACGCGACGAGGAAGGCGUCGUGGGUGGAGGUGUAGGGGAGGGUGGAGGGGAGGGUGUGCUGGGCGGAUCGGGCGGCGUCGUCGAGGUUGUUGAUGCUGGGGACGCCGGAUGGGGCGGUGAGGUUUUCGCGUUUUUGGCGGGAUUGGAAGCGGGGUAG